UGAUGCGAACAACCAAAUAUUUCAUGUAGCCUUUGCAGUUGUUGAAUCUGAGAAUGGGGAGAGUUGGCCAUGGUUUAUGUCAUGCAUUAGAGAGUUUGUCACUGAUAGGGAGUUGUGCGUCAUUUCUAAUCGACAUGUAGGUAUAGUCAAGGCAAUGAAUGAGGUGGGCAGUACUUAGGAGGAGCCUUAUGCGCACCAUAGGCUAUGUAUCUGCCAUCUUGCAUCAAAUGUGCACACUCAUUUCAAAGUUACUCACCUAAAAAAUUGUUUGUCUGGACCGCACGGCAACAUCAAAAAAAGAAGUUUGGUGGACCUGAAAUUAUGCACGAUCCAUCCAUGCUUCAAGCUAAGGGAAUACUUAAGUUCACACGUAUUAAGAAUGAGAUGGAUGAAGGUCCCCAAAGAACGGUUAGAUAUGGAAAAUGUAAACAACCAGGCCAUAAUAGGGCCACAUGUGCGAAGAGAUCAUCAAGAGAUGGAGGGGGGUCCACUGGGCAUGGCUUUGCAUAUGACGACACGAACUUUGUAGCAUAUACAUCAGCGAGCUACUGCCACAGUGAGUGAUACACAUGACGUGGACAUGUACGGUCAGGCUUUGACGGGCAUUGCCUCGUUGUGUUCAGAUGUGUUGGGGCGAGUCGACUACGGUCAUCUUAUACAUAUGCCCCCAUCUCAGGAUAUGCCAUCGACAUCUAGUGCAGCGGCGGCUUCAUCAUCCCAAACUCAGCAUGAGAGAGUGGUUCUUCAACCACGACAGCGGCGUAGUCAUAGGCAGCAACAUCAACAUCUCCAUGACCAAGACGAUCAAGAAGGCCA